UUGUUUUUUUUAUUUUUUACGAAAAGUAAAUGAGAUGACAUGGCAAUUUCGGGUUCUCUGAUUGGUUGAUUUUUCUAUCCUAUGUGGACAUCCUCUCCAUGGCUUAUAUUCCCCUUUUAUUAUAGUAUAGAUGUAGUUUCCUUUUUUUGUGACAGAUACGAUGCCUUUUUUGGAAAAUUUAUAUGGUUCAACUUAAGAGAGUUCUAUAAGUACGGAGAAAGAUAUAAGCCUUCGAAGAAACGAAAGAAUAAAAUCAGAACAAGAAUUUUCCUCUCUUUUUUUCCUCUGCGAUUUUGUUUAAAAGAAGAAACUAAGAGAAAGAGACGACAUGGGAGACCGAAACGUUAGCCUGAUGCUUCCCAUGAGUGUCCAAUGCAAUACCUGCGGAAACAAUAUCUACAAGGGAACCAGAUUCAAUUCGCGUAUAGAAGACGUCAUCGGCGAGACAUAUCUUGGGAUUCAAAUCAUCAGAUUCUACUUCAGGUGCACCCAUUGUUCUGCAGAGCUGACCAUGAAGACUGAUCCAGGAAACUCAGAUUAUAUUGCAGAAUCUGGGGCAACUCGUUGUGAACGCUGGCCUUAGUUAUAGCUUUUUGUGUACUUUUUGGUUAUUUCAUGCAUGAUAUUUAUUUACAUGAUUUACGCUACGUUAUGCAAUAAUGCACAAGUUUAAUUGAGCCCCGACACGAUGGAAUCAUCAACUUUCUCUAUGCGUUAACCUUGUUUUUGUUUGGUCAACCACGCUCCCACGCUCUCCAGGUUCUUUAAGAUACAAGAAUUUAUACAUGAAUUCUUUUUGUACAAAACCAUCUCCAGGUUUUAGCUUUUAAGAGCAGAUUUAUAAUGCGAAUGUGUUCAUAUAUAUUGUUAAGAAUAUAUAUUUUGUCUUUCACGUAUCGCCACAUAACGUCUAUGGGGUUUUAGGUAUGAUUCUCACAAUUUCUUUUUUUUUUUUGAACUUUGAUUCUCACGAAUUUAAAUUGGAUUUUGAACUUUACGAGUCUAAAAUCAGGAAUAACAUUGAACUUUAGAUUUUACGCGGAUCCAAGAGUUCAAAGUUUAGUUCACGUUUCCUAAACUCUAGUUGUUUCCCGGUAGAGGAUAAAAGAUGAUCUAAAUACUGAGUGGUCAGUAGUUGACAUGUCACAAUUGAGCAGCCUUGAACUGAUCGUGCCAAUGAUCUGGAAUAAGUUUACAGAAGAAGUCGGUCCACAUAGAUUAAAGCGCAACAAGCAGCAGGUACAUGCAUCCAAAACCACAUCGUAAUCACCGUUACACUUUGGUCCAAUGGAACACGCUUGAACUCGUGCACUUCUUCCACCAUUACAAGCCAAUCAAGCACUUCAUUGUAAGAGAAAGUAACUUGUUGUAACAUUGAUACAAAAGGACAGGACUUUGAGUUGCUACCGUUGGACGUGGCUAGAUAAUCUGUCCUGCAAUAUACAUGUGGGAACAACAAUGGUGGAGUGUGUUCUUGCAAAUAUCUUGUAUAAUUUUGAUUGAGAGUUAUCAGAAGGCAUGGUGGUCGAAGAUUUCAACAUGGAAGAAGCUCCAAGGCUCACCGUGAGAAAGAAAAAAAUGAGCUUCUACUUGUUCCUGUAAGUACUUGGAUCACUGAUCACUUAAAGUAUGUUCUUCAUCGAUUGACCUCUUUCCUACUUAUUAUGAUAUUUAUGUCAUGUCAUUGGUUUGGUAUUUUGAACAUCUCCAAACUAUUGGAUAUUUUGUCCUACCAAGCCUAAGAUACAUACUUUUCUUGCUUUUCAAGAAACUAUGCUUCACUCUUUAUUUUAACUGAUUUAAUGAUGAAUGUUGUAAAGUUUGUCCUGUUAGUUGCUUUGUACUCGUAUACAAACAUUCUAUAUCUUCAAGAUGAGUGUAUCCAAAUCCAUGAGGAUUAACUAUAAGUUUAUCAGUGAACUUUGGUUUUAUUUUUUUGUUCAACGGUUUUCAAAAUUAUUUUACGUUUGCGAAAAAACUUAAACCUUACAAAAACCGAAUAACCAAUCUGAAAAAUGCCCCAAAGAGCUCUCUGCGGGAAUUAAAAGAAUGGAAGAGGACAAUAACUAGUUUGGUUGAUCAUAAAAAGGUCCAGAUGCAGAAUGGUCUUGGAACCAAAGUGUAAAUCAUAGUCGAUCCUCUAGUAUGGUAGGCUUAUAUGCACGAAAGGUGAAAGCCUGAUUCCAAAUUUAUGAUCAAUUACUCUAAAGAUCUGAUCAGAGGGAAUAACCUUGUUUGCAUGUGUAAUUUAAGAGGGAUUGUGACUAAGGGCUUCUUGUAAUCAGUAUUGGUUUUGGGCAGAAAAAAAGAUUAUGUGACUUGUUGCUGAUUACAAGUUUCUUGUUGUGUACGUGUACAGGUAGGUAGCAACUAGCAUCUAUAAGAAGUCAUCCACCAGGUUCUUCAAACAGUGGAAAUCUAUUUCAGAAGGCUACCUUGAUCUUAAUUUAGUGUGUUAUUCAAUUAGAUUUUUUUUUUGGAAUUAGAAUUAUAAUUAUAUAUGUUGGACUUGAUUUCUAAUAACUCCACAUAUAAAUAUUUUCAAAAUCAUUUAGGCUUAUAUAUUGAUGCAUUUUAGUGAAAUAUUUUAUAAUUAAAAUUGAAUAACACCAAAAUUUUAAAUAUAUAAUAUAUCAAUCAUUUAAUAACAUUGAAUUCUUAAAACAUAUUAGGUUCAUUUAUUAGUCGAUUAUGAAUACAUUUAAACACCAAACAUAAAUUUGAUUUGCAAAACAAAAUUCAGUUGUUUCCCUCUUUUUCUGAUUCAUAAAAAAAUCAAGAAAGAUGGAGACGAAUCUCCAGUGCCUCUUGCAAUGUCUUCUCGACACGCUCUCUCCAGACUCAGAGCUUUGUCGAGCAGCUGAGGCAUUGCUAUUGGAUGCUGCCGGUUUACCUGACUACGGCCUAACCGUUCUCCGGCUGGUGGUUGACUCCUCAGAUGAUCAGACCCGUCACGUUGCUUCUGUUGCCUUCAAGAACCAUCUCCGUUCACAGUGUCUCCCUGACGGUAUCUCACCAGUCACAGAUUCGGAGAAAGAGCAAAUCAAGACUUGCAUAGUCUCCCUUAUGGAGUCUUCUUCUCUAUCCCAUCUAGAGCCAGUUGAGUGAAGCCAUGAUUUUCAUUGGUCAGAAAGAUUACCUAAAAUCUUGGCCUACCUUUCUUCCUAGUCUUUAUCUCCCAACUUUAGGUAGCCGCUUCAGCACACGAUUAUGCAUCCGUCAAUGGUAUUCUUUGGACAGCUAAUUCGAUUUGCAAAAUUUUUGGGCACAAGUACAUUACCGAUGAUCAACUGCUUGAUUUGAAGUAUUGUUGUGAUACAUUUUCUGAACCGCUUAUCAACAUGUUCCGAUUUACUGAUUCAUUUUUUCAAACGACUGGGACCUCUUCUUACACAGUGGUGAACCUCAAAAUCUUUGAUUGAGUCCCAAAAUUUGUGCUGCUCCAUAUGUUUGUGAUGGAGUUGAAGCUACGAUAAACAGCUCGACCAAGGGGUUAUGGAACCAUGCUUAUGACCUGCCAGCUCAACCAAGAGAUUCUAGAGAAUCCUCGCUUGGGAAAAGUUUUUUGAUUGAUGAAUCUAAUCAAAUUAAUAUAAUGAAUAUAUAAUAUUAUUUUCUCAAAAGCCAAAAAUCUUUAUUAAUCAAAUAAAAAAUGAAUACAAUGCCUAUUUAUAAUAAAGAUAUUUGGAUACUAUCCAAAUAUCUUACUGCAUCAGGUCUCGCCGUCCAAGAAAGAUUUGUUCUCGAAUCUUCAAACGAUUUUCCACAUAUGAUUCUGCACAGAAUCUUCACAAGUUGAAUCUGCACGAGCCAAACUCUUCAUAGAACUGGAUACACCUUACUUUUGAUGUGCUUUCUUGAUGUACCUCUUAGUGUAUUAUGCCGAUCAUGAGUAUGCUUAAUUAGGAAUGCCAUCUGAUUUUUUUUUUUGGUGAAAAAAGUUCAUGAUUUGAAACUUAUCUUCUUCUUUUUUUGCUUGAUUUGAAACUUAUCUUUAAAACGCUUAAUUUGAAUUUUUUUACUAAUCAUAUAGUUUCUGGUUUUCUUUUGAUGUGCAGACAUAUCUUGAGAUUCAAAUCUUUAGAUUCUAUUUCAGGUGCACCCCUUGCAUCCGUCAAUGGUAUUCUUGGGACAGCUAAUUCAAUUUGCGAAAAGUUUAGGCACAAGUACAUGAUCGAUGAUAAGCUGCUUGAUUUGAAGUAUUAUCAUGAUCCGUUUUUCUGAACCGUUUAUCAACAUAUUCCGAUUAGCUGAUUCAUUUUUUUCAAACGACUGAGACCUCUUUUUACACAGUGGGGGAGUCCCAAAAGUUUUGCUUUUCCAUAUGUUUGUCACUCAGCUUUCAAGUCAUGCCAGAGUAUUUCCAUAACUGUAUGGAAAGUCUGAUGUUUCAACUUUCUAGGUACUUACAAUCUUUUGCCAUUCCAGAACUCGUAGAAGUGGUGAAUGAUCGCAAUGUUUUGUGAUGGUUCACAGAAAUCUUGUGUAUUUCAAAUAUUUUUGAAAUAUAACUUAUGUAGCUACCGCAUCAUUACACUAUUCAUCUGAAAUACAAAUGAUAACGUUAAUCUAUUUUUUUCUCACAUCCUCAACAAAUUUAUUUCGAAAGUUUGAGAAAUGUGUACAUUUUCAGGCAUUUCUCCAAGGACUACAAUACAAAUACUCAAAAAAAAAAAA